CUACAUGUGGGUGAGGUGGAGCUUCCAUGUUCUUCUGCAGUAGACGCGUGUGAAGACACACUUCAGCCGUCCGCCUCCCAUCCGUCCACCCGACCGCUCAACCACAGGACAGUCCGCAGCCCCCAUGUGGUCCCGCACCUGAGCCCGUCGCCCACACCGUCCUAGAGCUGUUCCCGUCCCCGCGCCCUCGGAGACGACCUCCCUUCCCUUCAGCAGGUGGUUGCUUUUCCCUUCUCUUCCCCACACACUUCUCCCCCUCUCUCUUCUGCUGCGGAAAACAGGACGGCGGCAGCGAUGGCUCAGAAGAUGGACGUGUCCGCGCUGGAGGGUGAGGCUGGCGUCCUGGCGCUGCUGGAGCGCGUGGCGGGCAUCAUCGACAACGUGCAGGCGUGCCAGACGCGCAUGGAGGAGCGGCAGCUGGAGCUGGAGGCCUGCGUCAAGACCAUCCAGGCGGACGUGGCCAAGCUGACCAAGGACCACUCGGCCACCAACGGCGUGGUGGAGAAGCUCCUGGAGAAGACGCAAAAGGUCAGCUGCCACAUCAAGGACGUGCGCGUGCGCGUGGAGAAGCAGAACGAGCGCGUGAAGAGGGUGGAAGAGACGCAAGGAGAGCUGCUCUUGAAGAACAAGUUCAGAGUCGUCAUCUACCAGGGUGAUAAUGAAGUGAAGGCUGUAGCCGCCCCAAAGGCCGCCCCAAAGGAGGCCCCAAAGGAGGAGUCUGCUGACGCCCACGAGGAGCCCCCAGCGCCCCCCCCCGCCGAGUCUGAUGAGGAGUACAUGGUGGUGGAGGAGGGCGAGAACGCUGCCGCCCGCAUGAAGAAGUCGGGCCUGAAGCGCAUCGAGAGCCUGAAGCACACCUUCUCGCGCGAGAACAUGAGCAAGACCAAGGAGAACCUGGGCAGCAAGGUGGGCAAGCUGGGCGAGCGCAUCGUGACGGCCGAGCGCCGCGAGAAGAUCCGCCAGUCGGGCGAGCGCAUCAAGCAGUCGGGCGAGCGCUUCAAGGAGACCAUCACCAAGACCGUGCCCGCCAAGCUCAACCUGAAGAAGGAGCGGACUGUGGCCGAGGGCCAGGAGGGGGCCGAGGGCUCCACGGAGGGCGCCGCGCCCGUGCCCCCCGCCAAGGGCCGCAAGGCCAACGACGUCGCCUACACCGAGGUGGCGCUGGAGAAGGAGGAGGGCGCCGAGGGCAAGGGGGAGGAGUCAGAAGUGCCCAUGUACGACAUGAAGCAGCUCUCCUAAACAGGGGGGCGUGCCAGGGGGGAGGAAAUACAUGUCCUGGACUGUUUGAAUGCCGAUGGAAGUUUGUUUUGCCGAACGGGAGUUUGAUUUGAUAGUGAUUCACGCGUGGAUCAGUCAACAACUCCAAAAGGGGAAAUCCGAAGAGACGAAGGUUGGCAACUGAGUGGAAGAGAAAGCAUAAAAGAUAUAAGGGCCAGUUGGAGCUCCACAGAGAGAUGUGUUGUAUGAAGCAAAGUCGCUGUAAUAUUUAUUUGCUAGUACUUCUCUGUUAGGGGUGGGCAAGGGUAUUUGAGGAAUUCAUAUGGGAGGAAUUACAAUAACAUUUAGCUGUUUUCAUGAAGUUUUUGUCUUGUUUACACUAAAUCUAGACUCUAAGAUACAGACGAAUAAGGAGUGCUGAGGAAAUGUAUAAUUGUUCCCACUGGGUACUGGGAGAGAGCUGGAAUUUUCUGGACUUUUCUGGAAUUGGGAGAAGAAGAACCAGAUGAAAAUCAUCACCGAUUUGCAUGUUAAAUCACUGAUGAUGCAAGUUUGAAUGAACACUUUCUUUGAGGAUGGAAAGCUCACGUGUGUUUUGGGGUAAACGUGUGGUGACGAACAAUAAAACAACCUUUUUAUGUAUAACACAACUGUUAAUAGUAGAGUAUUUGAGACAUAUUAACUUACAGUGCAGUCAAUCCUGUGGUAUCAGUUUCAUACUCAUUCACGUUAUAGGAUACAAAUUUAAUUAAUAAAGAACUCUGUCAGCUGGUUUCUGAUGAGUACCCUAAAAGGAUUAACUGAAUGGUGUUGAGGAAGUUUAUAUUAGACUAUGUUGGCUAUAAAACCAGUCAUGUAGACCAGCGUAUUAGUUGGCAUCUAGCUCAUCCAGAUAGGUGGCCCAUUUGGCAGUAAGCUACUGUACACUAAAUGUCUCAAAAGGAUGAUGAGAUGUGGCCAUGUAGAAUUAGGAAGGGUCCCAUAUGUAUUAGCGGAGAAUCCUAAUGCAGAGCCUUUAGCUUGAUGCUGAACGGCAAGAGGCCCAUAUAAGGCCAUAUAAGGCCCAUAUAAGGCCCAUAUAAUAUAAUGUAAUGUUGGCUACACUGAAGAAAAUGUACUGUGACCAGGUGACCUUGCAUGCUUAGAUGUUUCUCUAAUGUAUAUAUUAUUUAAAGUAAUAGUUUACCUUUUGAAAGUGUUCUGCAUGUGUAGUUGUCUGCCACACACACGCACACGCACACGCACACACACACACACACACACACACACACACACACACACACACACACACACACACACACACACACACACACACACACAAAGUAUAAUUAGUUUCAUUAGUUGUGUUAUCUGAUAUUAUCCAGCCUUGAUUGCACUUGGUUUUGAAGUACAUGACUGUGCUAUAUUGAUGACUACUGCUAGAAUAUUAAAUUAGAAAAUUGUUUUGCAACCUAUUUAAGUAAACACCUACAUGUUUAGGAUGAGUAAUAAUAUGCUUUUUUCCUAUUUAGGUAUCACAGAUAAAAUAGUAUUCAAUGACACAAACAUAUUUUCUACUGGGCUAACAGACAAUACAAAGUCAUUAGUCAUUCAAACAAUGAACAUUUUGUGAUACUUUUUGCAUUGUUUUUAUUCUCUGGUGAUAUAUUUGGAAAACAGCUAAUAAAAAUGCAAAACAUAA